ACCGGCGUGAUAACUUAAUCUAUCGGGAUUAGAAAAAAAAAUCUCAAUUGAAAGGGAAUUCGAGUUUUGCUGGCAGUUUGAAAUUGAAACUUUUUGGGGGUGGAGGAAGGAUUUGCCGAGGAUCUUCCGGAGUUUCGCACGUGUCCAAGGAUUUAUCGGUUCCCAGGCGAUUUCGAAUUCUCUGUCGGAGAUAAAGUAAUGAUGAAGUACUACGGGGUCACGGUGAUCGCUCUCUUCUUCGUCUUCGGAGUGGCUGUCAGCACAGAGAACUAUAUGGAUUACAUAGCCGACGAAAAUGCAGAUCGAGACCUCGAGGGUCUCCGUGAAUUCUACAGAUUCCUUCUGCGUCGUAAUUCAAUGGACAACAGUUAUCCAUCUGGAUCGAACAUCGGAAGCUCUAAUCUCGUUGGUAUACCCUACGAACACCUCAUGAUCCGAAAAUCUCAGCGCUCACCCUCGCUGCGUCUUCGCUUUGGCCGUUCCGGGCCAGCGAUGCCACCGGAUGGAAUGAUGACGAGAUUGGGCUCAAGUUCAUCGGGAACUGAAGAAAAUUAAACAUCACACUUGAAUGGUAUCGUGGCACGCUUUUUUCAACAAUAAAAAAAAGAAAAAAACUGAAAGAAAAAUAAAUUGAAUUAAUUUUCGUAUCUUGGAAUGCGAGAGCCGUUUUCUGUAACACAUAUAUCUGUGUAUAAACAUGAGAUCUAGUGGAAAUGUAUUCAGUAGAAAAGCGAUAGAAUGGUUUAAGUCGAUUUUGAGCAUUGGCCGGUUUUCAAUGAAUAUCUCGGAAUAUGAGGGGGGUAGCAAAAUUUUUGU